AAGGGGUGUAGCUGGUCCGCAACAAUGGUUAGGUGAGCCUUCAUGUAAAUCAUCAUAAAAACAGACUGAGAAGCACAAAAACAAAGAAAGCAUUGUUGUGGCCUCAGUUUCACUUCAGUUGCCAACACUAAUCAGCAGGACACAGACAGACACUAACAGAGCAACUUUAUCAGCAGUAACAGUCAUGAGUUCAGCUCUGUAUCUGAUCCUGCUUUUCUCAGCUCUGUGGACUCUCUCCUUCUGUGGGACUCAUCAGUUUCAUGUGGUGGAAGAAAAGAAGAACUGGACCAACGCUCAGAAAUACUGCAGAGAGAAAUUCACUGACCUGGCAACCAUUGAGAGCCAAGAGGAGAUGGAAGCUGUAAAAUCUGUUCUCAAAAGAACAGCAGGCAAUUUCUGGAUCGGACUGAAGCAAAAAGAUAAAAAUGACAACACUAGCUGGAUCUGGUCAGAUGGGAGUAACUGCACAUACAGAUACUGGAGCACUGGAGAGCCAAACAACGGUGGGGGUGAAAUGUGUGUGCAGUUGUUGCAAAACCCUGAAUACAGAUGGAAUGAUGCAGGCUGCCAGUGGUCACAUCCAUUUAUCUGCUAUGAAAAGAUUCCACUCAUCCUGAUUAAUCAGAACAAGACGUGGAGAGAAGCUCUGAGAUACUGCAGAGAGAAUCAUGUGGAUCUGGUCUCUGUUCACACUCACGAAAUUCAGGACUGGGUGGAGAUUAUUACUAAAAAUGCCUCCACUGCUAAUGUGUGGAUGGGUCUGCGACACACCUGUGUCUUAAGUAUCUGGUUCUGGGUGAGUGGAUCAACUUUGUGCUACCAGAACUGGGCUCUGCGGAACGGGACAGGGAGUGGAAGACUGCAGAGGAGGCGAAAGAACAGGAGCGGUGCAGUCUGGAAGUAAGCAGUGGGUCAGUCUGCCAGAGAAUCAGAGACUCAACUUCAUCUGCACCAUUAAGAAGCUCUAGAAUGGAUGCGGGCUGUUCAGCUGGAUCCUCAUAGUUCAGGAUCAAACUGAUAUGUAAGAGAAAUUUCUACAUCAACAUGCUUCUGAUGAAGUCAUGUAAAUAUCCUACUUCAGUUAAUAAUACACAUAUUCAUAUUACUGAUACUGAUUCUCUAUUUAGUUAUUAGCAAAAGACUUUAGAAAUAAAGCUUAUAAUGACAGUUUAUGAUAUGUAAAGAUAAUCUAUAUUUUGUACUAAUUUUAUACUAUAUUUUUAUGCUACUGAGUGCUAUUUUCAUCCUUCAUCAAAAUGCUAAUGUUUAUAAAUAACUAUAAUACAGCCUACAAAUUGUCCUUCAUAUGUACUAAUUAUUCUAAACUUUUUAGUGUGUACUAAAAGAAACUUAAACUCGCUUAAGACUGAAACAUUAUUUUUUUACUUGGGCUGUAA